CUGAGCGAGCGGCGUGCGAGCCAGGAGAAGAGGAGGAAGUGGAGCCCUGGCCCGGAGCACCAGAGUCAGCCGCCAGCCGAGGUCCGCCCCAUUUUGCAGAGCGAGCUGAGUCCGGACCUCGAAAGACUUCCCCACCGGGCUCCGGGCGCCGCGGCUCCUCGCCCGCGUCCUGACCAGCCCCGCCUGCCCCGGCCCCGGGUUCCGCCCCGGGUUCCACGCCGGGACACUUGCAGCCCUACGGUCCGGGGCGUCGUGGCCGGGACUCCUCGAGCCUCCGACCCUGAUUCAGUGCACCUGGGCGGGACGCUCCUGGCCCACCACACGGGUCCAUGGUUGUAGGGUGGUUCCCAGCCUUUUAUAGUGUGUGUCGGAGCCCCCAGCCCUCCGCCCGGGGUUAACGCAGGUUGCCCUCAGGACCCCGACUGAAUGCAAAGGAGCCCGGACGCCCCCGGCUUCUGUUUCCCCGAGACUAGGACCUUCAGCUGCUGCCGAUCCUUUGCUUCGGACUUGGGACCGGCGAGCGCCCAGGAAGCCCCGGCCCGGGUCCAGCGCCCCGUGAGGGAUCCCAGGCGGGCUGGACAGUCGGACUGAAUCGGACCGGGGUGGUGCUGCGAACCGAAGGGGCCACCUUUCUGCCGGCCCAGGCGAGGGGCUUGGCGCUUGCCCCGAAGAGAACACAGGGGCCCCUGCCCCGGCGGCCGGCGGGAGCCGAGAGCUGCAGGACCAGCCUGGGGCCCCCAUGGGCUCCUGAGGGCCGGGCACCAGGGCCGUGGGCACGAGCAUGGUAAGACACCAGCCCCUGCAGUACUAUGAGCCCCAGCUCUGCCUCUCCUGCCUCACGGGCAUCUACGGCUGCCGCUGGAAACGCUACCAGCGCUCCCACGAUGACACCACACCGUGGGAACGCCUCUGGUUCCUGCUCCUCACCAUCACCUUCGGCCUCACACUUACCUGGCUCUACUUCUGGUGGGAAGUCCACAAUGACUACGAUGAAUUCAACUGGUACCUCUACAACCGCAUGGGCUACUGGAGUGACUGGUCCGUCCCCAUCCUCGUGGCCACAGCCACCGCCUUCACUUACAUCGCGGGACUCCUGGUCCUGGCACUAUGUCACGUCGCCGUGGGGCAGCAGAUGAACCUGCACUGGCUACACAAGAUGGGGCUGGUGAUCACCCUGGUGUCCACAGUGGCGGCCAUAGCGGCCGUGGCGCAGCUGUGGGAAGACGAGUGGGAGGUGCUGCUGAUCUCCCUACAGGGCACAGCUCCGUUCCUGCACAUGGGGGCCCUGGCUGCCCUCACAGCACUCUCCUGGAUCGUGGCGGGACAGUUUGCCCGGGCAGAGCGGUCCUCCUCCCAGAUGGCCAUCCUCUGCACCUUCUUUGCUGUGGUGUUUGCCCUCUACCUGGCCCCUCUCACCUUCUCCUCUCCCUGCAUCAUGGAGAAGAAGGACCUGGGCCCCAAGCCCGCCCUCAUUGGCCACCGCGGUGCCCCCAUGCUGGCCCCAGAGCACACGCUGAUGUCCUUCCGGAAGGCCCUAGAGCAGAAGCUGUACGGGUUACAAGCUGAUGUCACCAUCAGCCGGGAUGGCGUGCCCUUCCUCCUGCACGACACCACCCUGCGGCGCACCACCAACGUGGAGGAGGAGUUCCCCGAGCUCGCCCGCAGGCCCGCCUCCAUGCUCAACUGGACUGUCCUGCAGAAGCUCAACGCCGGCCAGUGGUUCCUGAAGACGGACCCCUUCUGGACGGCCAGCUCCCUGUCACCCUCCGACUACAGGGAGGUCCAGAACCAGUCCAUCUGCAGUCUAGCUGAGCUCCUGGAGGUGGCCAAGGGCAAUGCCACACUGCUACUCAACCUGCGUGACCCUCCACGGGAGCAUCCCUACCGUGGCAGCUUCCUCAACAUCACGCUGGAGGCCUUGCUGCGCUCAGGCUUCCCCCAGCACCAGGUCAUGUGGUUGUCUAACAGGCAGAGGCCCUUUGUACGGAAGGUGGCUCCUGGCUUCCAGCAGAUGUCAGGCUCCAAGGAGGCGGCCACCAACCUGCGGAGAGGCCACAUUCAGUGGCUGAACCUGCGCUACACUCAGGUGUCCCGCCAGGAGCUCAGGGACUAUGCAUCCUGGAACCUGAGUGUGAACCUCUACACGGUCAAUGCACCCUGGCUCUUCUCGCUGCUGUGGUGCGCGGGGGUCCCAUCGGUCACCUCUGACAACUCCCACACCCUCUCCCAGGUGCCUUCCCCACUCUGGAUCAUGCCUCCGGAUGAGUACUGCCUCCUGUGGGUCAUCGCUGACCUGAUCUCCUUCACCUUCAUCGUUGGCAUCUUCGUGCUCCAGAAGUGGCGCCUGGGCGGCAUAAGGAGCUACAACCCCGAGCAGAUCAUGCUGAGCGCAGCAGUGCACCGGAGCAGCCGGGACGUCAGCAUCAUGAAGGAGAAGCUCAUCUUCUCAGAGAUCAGCGAUGGCAUGGAGGUCUCCGAUGAGCUCUCUGUAUGUUCAGACAACAGUUACGACACGUAUUCCAACAGCACCACCACCCCCGUGGACCCCCGAGGGACUGGGAGCCGCACCAAGGCCCUUACUGAUCGGAGUGGCCGUUAGUUGAAGACCUGUCUUCCCAAGCUGGACCUAACGCGGAGACCAGGGAACCCAAAAGAGCUGGCAGAAGUGGGUCUGGACUCGGAGUGCCCUGGGAGCUGGCUCCACAGCCUCCUCAUCGGCUCUAGCCCUCAUCUGCCGCAGCCUCUCACAGGGGUGGGGGCUCUCUCUUCCCUGAGGCCCAGCAGGGCUAGGACUCCAGCCUCUCUGAUGCCCCUGGGGCCUGGGGUCUGGGGCCUGGCCCUCCCCUGAGGUCCCUCCUUGUAUCCUGAACUGGAAGCUCUGUUGGGCCAUGCCCCUGCGGCAGUGGAGGAUGUGGAUGCUCAUGUGUGACCGUCCUCCUGUUCGUGCUGGGAGGCAGCUGGCUUCCCCAUGUUUCUCCUGCCCCAAGGACCUGGGGCUGAGCAUCUCUGCUCCUCACAUCAGUCUCAAAGCACAAGGAGGUUCGGCUCAGGAGGAAAGCCUGCGUGGUGGUGCAGCUAUUCCUCCCAACCAGGCCCCCUUCACCACCGGCCCCGCCCCGGGAACGGCCCGAGCCAUCUCCCCUGGGGGCAGCUGGAAAUGGCCAGGAGAGCAGGCUCGGGGCUACUCCAUCCCCUGCCCAAGGGUCCAGCAGUCCUCCGGGGCAGAGUAGCCCAGUCAGGAGAUUCACAGACUGACACGACCUCAGUGGCCACAGGGCAGGCGCCACCUGGGAAAAGUGUUCUGGGCAUGGUCAAGGGUGGGCAUGUGGCCAAGAAGGCCUGCAGUGGAGGGAGCCUGCGGGACCUUGGCCGAGAUGAUUAAAGCUGCCAUCUUGACACAUCA